CCUGGGGGGUGUGGGGUGGGGGUUUCACGACUGCCGAAAUCCGACUAACAUUUUCGUGUUUAGUCUUCCAGGCAGGCUGAGAUGUGAAGAAAAUUCUGCUUGUCCUCUCCGCCUUAUGGUUCACUUGAAUUCUACAACAAACCGAGGAUUGUGCGCACUUAUUUAUUGCACAACGGCGUAAAGUUCUGGGUUUCGACGGUGUGGAGGGAUGUCUGGGCCUGGGGUGUGAGAGCAGAGAAUGAAACCAUCACCACUAUGCUUCUCUUGCUUUCAUUUCUACCAGACACUUUCUAAUUGAAUUAAACCAUAGGCUGUAGGAAUGGUGUCCCUGCACGCUCCUCCAAAAAAAAAAAAAAAAAAAAAGCUCCACCCCUAACGCCGACUGUCAGUUGGGUGUGUGGGGAACUACAUCUUAUAAGAGCCCCCGAACAUCCCACGUCCAGCCCAUAAUCUGAUCUGAAAAUCAGUAGGUGAGGAGAAGGUCUAACCCCCUUCCACGUUUCGUAAGGGAGGGAGGCGUGCAGAGACAGAGACAACCAGGGCACCGGCGGCUGCGUCGCCCCCUUGGCCGAGAUUCGCUCUCUGGACUUGACACCCUUCUUUUAUUUAUUGCGAGAUCUGAGAACAAUGCAGCUAGAGAACAUUCUUCCCAGCGCUAGCAUCAAUUUACCCAAAACCUUUUACAACCUUUCCUCGUCGGACAGUGCCAACAACAGCCCGAGGCCGUCAUCGCAGCUUGAAUAUCAAGACGUCGACCGGACGGAAUCAGAGUCUAGCAGCGCGCCUAAGAAAUACCUGAGCGGGGUGGGAAGCGGGAUGCUGGGUGAGGGGGACACUUUCACUAAAAGCGGGCCCGACGGGAGGAAGGGCUCCCCGGUGCUCGGGGAGGACGAGCUGACGAGCGGUCGGCGCUACAACAUAGACGAACUUGGCUCAGACAGAUACUUCAUCUCGUCCUCCCAGGCGAGUACCGACAUGGCAAGCCCCUGUUCCCUCUUCCCCUAUGCAGGACAGACCGGCUCGGUGUAUACAGGCUCCAGCAGCUCCAGGUACCCGGCGUCGCUUCACUACGGAUCCGUCCUGCCGCCCGCGGGCUUCUCCUCCUCGUCCGUGUGCACCGGCCGGAGCCAGUUUAGCAGCGGAGGGUACCAGUUCAGUCAGGGUCCGGGCUGUUUGUACCCCUCCUAUCCCGGGACGGGGACGGGCAUUGGCUCCAUGUCUCUGCCGGGGUCUGCCGCCGGAGCCAGAGCGCAGGUGUACCUGUGCAACCGGCCUCUGUGGCUGAAGUUCCACCGGCACCAGACCGAGAUGAUCAUCACCAAACAGGGCAGGCGGAUGUUCCCAUUCCUCAGUUUCAACAUCACCGGACUCAACCUCACGGCCCAUUACAACGUCUUUGUGGAAAUUGUCUUGGCCGACCCGAAUCACUGGCGUUUUCAGGGAGGAAAGUGGGUUACUUGUGGGAAGGCGGACAACAAUAUGCAAGGUAACAAGAUGUAUGUUCAUCCUGAAUCCCCAAACACUGGUGCUCACUGGAUGAGGCAAGAAAUCUCUUUUGGCAAGUUGAAGCUGACCAACAAUAAAGGGGCCAACAACAACAACACACAGAUGAUAGUCUUGCAGUCACUUCAUAAGUACCAACCGCGACUGCACAUCGUGGAGGUGACAGAAGACGGAGUGGAGGACAUGAGCAACGAGGCCAGAACUCAAACCUUUACAUUCCCAGAGAACCAGUUUAUAGCUGUCACUGCUUACCAGAACACAGAUAUCACACAGCUGAAGAUAGACCACAACCCAUUUGCAAAAGGCUUCCGGGACAAUUAUGACUCGAUGUACACAGCCCCAGAGAGUGACAGGUUGACUCCAUCCCCUACAGAUUCCCCUCGCUCCACCCAAAUUGUGCCUGGGGCCCGCUAUGCCAUGCAGCCUUUCUUUCAGGACCAGUUUGUCAACAACCUGCCUCAGAACCGCUUCUACACCGGUGAACGGGCUGUUCCGCAAACCAACAGCCUUCUCUCCCCACAGAGUGAGGACGCCAGCGCCGCCGCCUCUGCCCAGCGCUGGUUCGUCCCCCCAGUUCAGCAGCCAGGCUCCAACAAGCUGGAUCUGUCGUAUGACAAUGACUAUUCCACCAGUAGCCUGUUGUCCUAUGGCAUCAAGCCCCUGUCACUGCAGACAUCCCACGCCCUCAGUUACUACCCAGACUCAGCUUUCGCCUCCAUGGCUGCUGGUUGGGGCACCAGAAGCACUUACCAGCGCAAGAUGACCACGGGCUUGCCCUGGUCCCCUCGUCCAAGCCCCCCAGCCUUCCCGGAGGACCAGCUGGGGGCCACUAAAGACAAGCUGCCCGAGGAGAGCGCGCCGACAGCCUCGACCUGGAUUGAGACGUCCCACUCAUUGAAAUCGGUGGACUCUACCGAUUCUGGUGUGUACUCCAUGGUCUGCAAGAGGCGCAGGAUGUCUCCCGGGGGCUCAAGCACAGAGAACUCCCCAACCAUCAAGUGUGAGGACUUGACUACGGAGGAGUACAACAAGGACAACCCAAAAGGUGCCAAAGCUUAGUGCCCCCCCCCAAGCAAGCUGCACAAGGUUAUUUUCCCAGGCCAGCCCCUCUCACAUACCUGAGCAGAAACAUGCAUAGUGGUUGUUGUUUUUGAAAAAGCAUGUCCCUUUUUUAUUCAUUUAUUUUUACAAAUUUUUUUUCUUCACGAAUGUGAUUUUUUUUAUUUUUAUUUUAUUUUAUUUUUUUUAUUUUCCCCCUGCGUAUUUAAGUCAUUUUCGUUGUACAGUAUUCGUGCACUUUAGAAUGUGAUGUAUCUUGUACAAAUUGUCUUCAUGGAGGUGUUAUUAAAUGGAUAAUAAAACAGCUUUUCAUAAAGCAU